AUGGCGUCCAACAAGUACACUCUGGCCACGCGCCUCACACUCGCAAAUGGCAAGUCCAUCCCCCAGAUUCAGUUGGGUCUCUACUGCAUGUCAGGCCGCGAAGCCACAAAGUCCAUCCCAUGGGCCCUGACCGCCGGCUACCGCGGCUUCGACUGCGCGCAAAUGUACGACAACGAAGCGGAAUCAGGUAAAGCGAUUGCCGAUUUCCUUGCCAGCCCUCAAAACACGCAGGGUCUGAAGCGCGACGACGUGUUUUACACGAGCAAGCUGGCGAGCAGCAGUACCUCGUACGACGCCGUUCGCAAGUCGAUCAAGGAGUCUGUUCAGGUUGCUGGGCUGGGGUACAUUGAUUUGUUUUUGCUGCAUAGUCCGUAUGGUGGCAAGGAGGCACGUUUGACGAGUUGGAAAGCGAUUGAGGAUGCGAUUGAUGCUGGGGAGGUGAAGAUGGGUGGUGUCAGCAACUACGGUGCUGCUCAUAUUGAAGAGUUGAUGGCAUCGAAGCCUCGCAUCGCACCCGUCAUCAACCAGAUCGAGGUCCACCCCUUCAACACGCAGACUCGCAUCAGAGAGACCUGCGCCAAGCACAACAUUGCCAUUGAGGCCUACGCGCCGCUGGCCCGCGGCAUGCGCAUGAAGCACCCCAAGAUCCUGGAGCUGGCCAAGAAGUACGGCUGCACUCCUGCGCAGCUGUUUGUUCGCUGGUCUCUGGACCGUGGAAUGAUUACUCUUCCCAAGAGUGUGCGCCAGGAGCGUCUCAUUGAGAAUGCGAACGUGGCCGAGUAUGAAAUCUCUCAGGAUGAUCUGGCUGCAUUGGACGCGCUCGAUGAGCACUUGGUGACCGAUUGGGACCCGACUGAAGCUCCUUAA